AUGGACUCACCACCCGUCUUUGGUGCCCAUGUCACGACUGUCCCUCCGAAGGAGGAGAAGCUCUGCCCUCAGCCUCCCAGUCCCUUGAUGCCAUCACCCGCAACGACCGAUCAGUCUUUACCGGACGGGACAACCCAGGACUUCGACCCUUCCGUUGGCGCAAAACCCUACUCACCCUUCUAUUGUCACGCGACCCCAUCGAUCGAGAAACUCAAAAACGAAGCGCAGAUAACAGGCCGAGGGUAUUACUCGCAGGAUCUCGAAAGUGGACUCCGGUCGCCAGUCCACAAUAAACGAGAGUCGAAACUGUGGCAGCAAAAACGAAAGCGUUGCGAUUGCCUGUCGGUUCUGAGUCCGAAGCAGAGACUGGCGGUCAAGUUGCUCAUCGCCGUGAUCAUUGUGGGAACGAUGGUGGGAAUCGCGCUGGGGAUUACGGCGGCGGUCGGGGGCGGCGUCUGGAGAUCCAACAACCGGCAAACCCCGAUAGGAGGGUUAAUUAUGACAUGUUACUUCUUUUGCACAUAG